UCCGGGUGAACAGGAAGGCUGCAGUAACUCUGUACCACCGUGGUGAUCUGAAAAGCAUCUCGGCACACAAAACAUCAAAAUUUCUCUUGUCAUCCAGAAACAUUCCUGUCUGUGCUGUUAAGGAGAAACGCUUGGCGCGAGCGCUCCGAUUACGUCAUAUCCACGCGACGGACUCGCCUCAGAGGCUAACAUGUCUGCUAAACGGCGCUCGAGCGCCACAAGUCAGGGGAAAAGCGCUAAAAAGAAUAAAGCAGGUGACGUCACCGCGAUCAACCCGGAGCUGCAGGACGGAGCGAUUCGGAGCGGAGUGAGAGAAGCCUGGAGGAGCAAGACGAGUUUCUCUCAGGGUGGCGUGCAGUUGGAUUGCGAGCCGUUCCCACACUGUGCGAUCAGGAACUUCAUUCAGAGCGAGAGCUUCGUGGAGAACCUGAGAGAUGAGCUCCUGCGGCUCCGCUUUCACAGCAAAUCCAACGACCUGUACAAGUUCCAGCAGUCUGACGAUCUGAAGAAGAGGAACGAGCAUCACAUCUCUGAGAUCAGAUCACUUCUCAUCCUGCAGUUCCGACCCUGGCUGUCGGAGGUGUUGGGAGUGGACUUGGAGCCGACAGUGGAUAUUUUCUGCGCUAAAUACGAGCAAACAGACGUCCUGCUGUGUCACGAUGAUGAGCUCGAGGGCCGGAGAGUCGCUUUUAUCUUUUACCUGCUGCCUCCCUGGAACCCGAGUGAUGGAGGAGCGCUAGAUCUGUACAGCACAGACGAACACUGUGAGCCAGUGAGUGUAGUGAAGUCUCUGCUGCCCUGCUGGAACACCUUGUUGUUUUUUGAAGUCUCUCCUGUUUCCUUCCAUCAGGUAUCUGAGGUUCUGACGGAUGAGAAGUGCCGCUUGUCUCUGGGCGGGUGGUUCCACGGUCCGUCCCUGCCGAGACCCCGGCGCUGGGCAGAACCCGCAGUUCCACGUCUCACACACGUGCUUGGAGACGAGUCAGCAUUAUUUGAGUGGGUGAAUGAGAUGUACAUGGAUCCUCUGUAUCAGGCUCAGGUGCAGCAGGAGUUCGAGGAAACUUCAGAAAUCCGCUUGCCGAACUUCCUGCAGGAGGAGAAGUAUCAGCAGGUGGUGGAGGCGUUACGCUCGGCUGAAGUCCAGUGGGAGCGGAGGGGACCGCCCAAUAAGAGGUGUUAUGCCCGAGCACAGCAGCAGAAUUUGCCCUCAUGUGUGAAGGAAUGCUGGGAUUUGCUUUCGUCUGAGGCGUUCUUCCUCCUGCUGUCCAACAUGACGGGGCUGAAGCUGCACGCCCUCGCUGCUGGGGACGAUGAGAGCGACACCGAGGAGCAGGACGGUCAGAGCGAGGGGCGGGACGGUCAGAGCGAGGGGCGGGACGGUCAGAGCGAGGGGCGGGGUGGACAGAGCAACACAGACGAGAGAGGGGACGAGAGAAAUGAACCAGAUGUUCAGGGCCCCAGCAGCAGUUCUUCAUCACUGGAGACAAAACCCAAAGGUCCCCCUGUGUGUGUUGGUGAGCUCCGGCGUUGGUCUCACGGUGAUUACACGCUGCUACACGACUCUGUACAUCGAGAGUUCGCCCUGGACCUGCUGCUCCAUGUGGGCUGUACAGACUGGAAGGCGGAGUUUGGCGGAUUCACUUCGUACAUUGCGCACGAUGAAGAUGAGGAGCUCCUGACUGUGUACCCUGAGGAGAACUCGCUGGCGUUGGUGUACAGAGACAAAGAGACUCUCAAAUUCGUCAAACACAUCAAUCACAUCAGUGCUGCUCAGGGACGCGAGCUCACACACUUCUACGAUUUCUCUUUCACCUACUACGAAUAAACAUACACACACACACUGACAUACACAUCAGAGACUUUUAUUAACACAUUAUGCAACGACAAAGGCACUUUAAUAAGUGCAAAAGUUUGCACCCCCUCAGGUGAAUACCCCCCCCAUGUGCGUCUGUUAUACAGUAAAUACACAAUAAUAAA